AUGUCAUCAUAUCCUAUUUCAGAAAAUUCAUGGGCUACCAAGAGUCAAUUGCUGGCAUCAAAUAUAACUCAAGACCAUGUCGACGCCCUUCGAGCAUCCCCUCUGCCAGAUACGCAGGUCGAACCGGAAUGUUUGGAGCCUCCCUCUGGCCAGGGUGAUAAUUUCGACAUGAUGAUGGCUGCAAACGAGCUGCAGCAUGAGCCACGCGAUGAGACACUUGGCCAGCUCAUUUCCCGCCCUAUCGAGUCCAUUGAGGAUAUUUCAGAUGGCUUCUCAUUUGCAACUUUCUCUUCCAAGCCUGCUCUUCCAAAAACUUACACCGACAGACAUCCUGCAGCCCAGAAUCCUCCAGUUCAUACCGAACCCCAACACAGAAUUACCAAUGCUGAGCCUCUCAUAGCUCCAUCUACCAUGGCUUCUGCGCCCAGGUCUCAGAUGACUCACAUGAGUCCCAUAUCAUACGAGGCCCCUCGUGUCAGAAGAAGCCCCAUCGCCAGACCAACGAAAGAUCUCUCAAAAAACUCUGAGGCAUCUACCACGAAGGCUAGCGGGAGCAUUGAAACAUCUUUGACAUCAGGAAUACCACAAAACUCCAGUAACAACAACGAUCCCCAGGUCCGUCAAGUUCCUCACAGCUCUGAAGGCUCCGAUACCACUUCACGACCGUCGACAAGCCGUGCUCGAGUUGAAAGUUUGAGGCUGGAGUUGGAGCAAGGCUCCCAGAUUAGAGGCAACGCUCAAAUUUCCUCCAAGGAUGGCGGCGAGAUUGCCUACGAUCAACAGCACAAGCACAAUGAUGGCCACAACAACUCCGAGCAUGAGCAAAUAGACGAACCCGAUUUCCACCACCAUUCUUUACAGACUGCAACUCACCACCACCACCGAGACAAAUAUUCUCGACGAGGUGUAUCACAGGAGCAGGUCUCUCAAAGAAUGGAACAGGCUACACGGGAUGAAGCUUGCCGGUCUCGAGACUCCAAUGCAUCAUUUCCCAUUACCAUUCCCCACCAUGGACAAAACGCUGAAGUGCACGCUGAUACUCCAAGAUCCCAUAAACGUACAUCAUCAAUUGCCACUCAUCGAACAGAGCAGUCCAACAAUGGCCCCGAGGUCAUAGAUUUGCCGUGGCAGUCACAUGCAUCACAGCCGUAUCGUCAUCGCCGAAGAGUUCGGGCGGGCCAAGAACACGGAACAGCAAACAGGCCACUUGACAAGUCGCGCCCCAAUGAACCAUCUCUGCGUCCCAACUCCCAAAACUCAAAUAUUUCCAAGACAAGAGUGCCAGCGAAACACCACGGACGACAUGCUUCGCCAGCCGAGUCCUCACGGCAUCGUGAUUCCACUGCUCCAACGCACUUGCGCAAGGCUGCCUCCAGAAAUCAUAGAACCCUGGUCAACUCUUGGAAUCGAUACUUUAGCACUCACUAUGAACAACAAGAUGCACUUGAAAAAGAGAUUUCCGACCUCAAAGCCGAUCUCGAAGAGUGUAGUGAUGUGAUUGCCCAGUUGGAAGAGGAUGCCCUUGAUCAAGCAAAAGCAUAUCACCAUCAAAUCAACAUGCAGAGCAACACCAUCAACAAGCUGAGAGCAGAAGGCUCAGACCUAAGAACCCACCUGGCUCAAUCGAAGACUGCCUUUAGCGAAAAGGAGGAAAGGUAUGAGACGCUAGUCGAGAAGUGUCGCCAGUACAAGGAUUGUUUCAACAAAGCUAUUGCUGAGCAUCAACAACUCUACACCAAGACCAAGCAAAACUUCAAGAAUAUCGUGGCACAGAUCAAGGAGGAAUUUGAGGCGGAGCAAAAAGACAAAGACAAGAUCAUUCGCGAGAUUCUGGAUCAAACUGAGUCGAUACGCACCAGCUUCCGAAAGAGAGCUAAUUUGACUGACCGCGAAGCAAAACAUCAGUUCUUGACGAUGGCCAAUACAAUAAAGGCGCUAAAGGUUGAGUUGGCGGAGCGUCAGCGCGAGUUGACACAAGAAAGGCAAAACUCGGAGAUGGCCCGAGACGAGCUUGAACAAGCUCGAGAUAAAAAUGCGCAGGCUCUGGAGGAUUUGUCUGCCCAAAACACCAAGAUUCUUGAAACAAUGGAGUCGCACUACCAUAAUAGCCAAGAAUCUACAGCCGUGACCGAGGGGAUAGGUGAAAGAUUGGACUCAUUGUGCCAGUCAAUGAAUGAUCUCCAACAGCUUAUGCCCAAUCCCGCAGUCCUCACAGAUGAUAUCUCAUCUCUUGGCCAGGAUAUUACCACUCUAAUCACCACGAAGUUUGGUGAUCUCGGCUCCAGAAUAUCAGAUAUUGAUUGUGGCCAGAAAAACCACAGUCCGAAGAUUGAUCGAAUCGUCAAUGUGUGUCGUGCCAUUGAUGAACGUAUGCAGAACGAGGAUGGUGUUGCGUACUGGCAGAGUAAGUGCCAAGAAGCUGAUCAAAACCUUCGUAUGCUGGAAGAGCACACCCGAAGGGUACAGGGUGAAGUCGACGUUGCUUCGAGGCACAACCAAGAUCUGUCUGCCACAAACGAUAACCUCAUCGCCGAAGUUACCUCUCUUCAAAAUCGGAUUGGCUCCCUUCAGGAGAGCCUGCAGGCUGCAGGAAAGAACGCGGCAGUGAAUGACGGCAAAAUCAAGCAGUUGCUGAGUGUCAAGGAUGCCGAGAUCACGGAGUUGCAGUCAAAGCUUGAGCAUUGCAAGAUUGAUCAAGAGAAAUUACAGCAAGAUCUUCGGGCUCGCGACGACGAUAAACUGACUCUUAUGACAACUCAUCAGGAUGAGGUUGAUGGGUUACAGAGGAAGUGUGCCACUACCGAGAAUCAACUCGAGGCAACUGAAAAUGCUCGGGGCGAGCUUGCAAAGGAGUUGCAGGUAGCCAAGAACAAGAUUGAGGACCUAUCCAAAAACGAUGGAGCUGAACAGGUGAUCACCUUCUUGAAGGAGGAAAUCAGAGUACUUUCUGAAGUGGUCAAAGAACAAAAACGCAUUGACACGAAGCUUGAAAAUACAGCAGCAUAUUGCCACGCAGGUGAUGUGAGACUCGCUGCUUUGGCCAAACAGUAUGAUGUCUUGACGAAGAAGUAUUCUGAAGCCAGCAAGGAAAAUGACGAUCUAGCUGAGAUGAAGUCCCAAUACAUUGAGUUGUAUCAGAAGGUGUCCAGACUUUCAAUCUCAGGUGCAGAUACCCAAGAAACAGCCCUCACUCCAGCAAUGGACACGGAAGAGAUGUCUAGGAUGAGACGGGUAACAGUGAAGUCACCCGUGGAAGAACCGGUCCCAGCGGCCCCAAGUAUCGAGGAAGAGCGAGACAGGCGUCGCUCGAGUGUCCCUAGAAAGUCCAACUUGAGAGCCACAGCUCACAGCAAUUUGGCGGGACUUCAAACGGCUGUGGAAACCAAGACAUCCUCCUCCCAGGAGAAUGCUAUCGAAGAGCAAGCCUUUGUGGAUUCAGAACCGGUUGACCUCGGCAAAAGAGGCGUAUUUUCCAAUCGCAGCUCCUUUAAUCGACCGGUUCGAGGUGGAAAUCCAGGAGAUUCUGCAGUGACCACCAAUAACAGCGACAAGAAACGACGGAAGCUAUCCGAGGUUUUGAGUCAGCAAGCAUCUGCACAAAGUAUUGCCGACUACCCUCAAGAUGAGCGCGAUUCUUUGUUUGUGCCCAAGCGCAAUACACGGUCUAAGUCCGGGAAAUCUGUGUCUAAUCACAUGGCGAGUGAUGGCGACUUGAAUGACGAAGAUGGGGCAAAUGUGAGAGAAUAUGAUGCACCGAGAUCAUCGGUCAGCUAUGGCCAAAGCAAACGCCUACAUCGAAAUUCGUUUCUGGUCACCUAUGGGAACCAAAAUCAAGAUUUGCCCGUUCAGACUGCUUCAGCGAGCAGUCAACCAAUUAGCGCUACAACUAUUGCACCGGCCGGCUCGAAGCGAAAGCGCUCAGCGUCAAUUGGAUCUUGA